AGCAAAGGAGGAAAAAAACAAAAUUUGAAGAAGAAGAAAAACCUCUGAGCUUCCAAUUUCAUGGCGCUUCUUCAGAGAGCUUCUUAUCUGCGUCUCUAUUAUUUACGGCUCAUGGGUUCUCGACCUCGUCUCUUCUCUAGCUCUCUCUCUCCUGCUCUUCACCGUCACAGCUCGACGCUCUCCUCGCCUCCAUUUUCCUCUCCAAGUCCCAGUUUCAGGUUAAAGUUUCAGUUAACCAGUGUUUUGAGUCAAAGACUGAUACAACGAAAUGCUAUUUCAUCGAGGUUCUUGUCUACUGAGGCUUCCCAAGAGACUACCACAUCUAAGGGUUACAGUUCUGAACAGAUUCAAGUGCUGGAAGGCUUAGACCCUGUAAGAAAACGUCCAGGAAUGUAUAUCGGAAGCACUGGAUCUCGUGGUUUGCAUCAUUUGGUUUAUGAGAUACUUGACAACGCAAUUGAUGAGGCUCAAGCUGGUUAUGCCUCAAAGGUUGAUGUCGUCCUACAUGCAGAUGGCUCAGUUAGUGUUGUGGACAAUGGGCGUGGGAUACCCACGGAUUUGCAUCCUGCGACAAAAAAGUCUUCCCUGGAGACUGUGCUUACGGUUUUACAUGCGGGUGGCAAGUUUGGUGGCACGAGUAGUGGCUACAGUGUGUCUGGUGGAUUACAUGGUGUCGGUUUAUCAGUAGUAAAUGCUUUGUCUGAGGCUCUGGAGGUCUCGGUUUGGAGAGAUGGGAUGGAGCAUAAGCAAAAUUAUUCUCGUGGAAAGCCCAUAACUACACUUACAUGUCGCGUCCUCCCCCUAGAGUCAAAGGGGACUAAAGGGACAAGCAUCAGGUUUUGGCCUGACAAAGAAGUUUUCACAACUGCAAUCGAGUUCGACCAUAACACCAUUGCUGGACGAAUUAGGGAGCUUGCAUUUUUGAAUCCAAAGGUUACCAUCUCUUUAAAAAAGGAGGAUGAUGAUCCUGAAAAGACCCAAUAUAGUGAAUACUCUUUUGCUGGAGGAUUAACUGAAUAUGUUAGUUGGCUAAAUACUGAUAAGAAUCCAAUUCAUGACGUGCUGGGUUUCAGGAGAGAGAUAAAUGGUGCCACCGUGGACGUUGCCCUUCAAUGGUGCUCAGAUGCAUAUUCAGACACAAUGCUGGGAUAUGCCAAUAGCAUUCGCACUAUUGAUGGUGGAACACACAUCGAAGGUGUGAAAGCUUCAUUAACAAGGACUCUUAAUACCCUUGCAAAAAAGUCAAAGACUGUUAAGGAGAAAGAUAUUAGCUUAAGUGGGGAACAUGUUAGAGAGGGAUUGACCUGUAUCGUCUCAGUCAAGGUUCCUAAUCCUGAGUUUGAAGGUCAAACAAAGACAAGAUUAGGAAAUCCAGAGGUGAGAAAAAUUGUUGACCAAUCAGUUCAGGAAUAUCUCACAGAGUUUUUGGAAUUGCAUCCAGAUAUUCUUGAGAGCAUUAUUUCCAAAUCCCUUAACGCUUACAAGGCUGCUUUGGCUGCCAAGAGGGCAAGGGAGUUGGUCAGGUCGAAAAGCGUUUUGAAGUCAUCAUCACUUCCUGGGAAACUGGCUGAUUGCUCAUCAACAGAUCCUGAAGUAUCUGGUAUGUAUUGGCCAUCAUGAAAAUGUCGUUUGUUUAAUUGAUUAAAGCUAAACAUGACAGAAGUAUCUGAUCUUCUUAUUGUAUAUUCCAAGUGAGAAGUUAAAAAGGGAAAUCUAGGCUUUAAUUAUGUGGCUACAACGAUUACAACCGGUAAGCCAUUAGCCAUGCUAAUUCGGUCAAGUAGUGACAUCCCUUUGCAAUCUCUGCAGAAAUUUUUAUAGUUGAAGGAGAUUCUGCUGGUGGCAGUGCGAAACAGGGCCGUGAUAGACGAUUUCAGGCAAUUCUUCCUUUGAGAGGUAAAAUUCUGAACAUUGAAAGAAAGGAUGAAGCAGCCAUGUAUAAGAAUGAAGAAAUUCAAAAUCUAAUUCUUGGCCUUGGCCUCGGUGUGAAGGGAGAAGAUUUUAAGAAAGAAAAUUUGCGGUACCAUAAGAUAAUCAUCUUAACAGAUGCAGAUGUUGAUGGUGCACAUAUCCGGACACUUCUGUUGACCUUUUUCUUCAGAUAUCAGAGAGCCUUGUUUGAUGCAGGUUGCAUAUAUGUCGGUGUUCCUCCUCUGUUCAAGGUUGAAAGGGGAAAGAAUGCACAAUAUUGCUAUGAUGAUGCAGACCUUAAAAAGAUCACCAGUAACUUCCCUGCAAACGCAUCCUACAACAUUCAAAGGUUCAAAGGUUUGGGAGAGAUGAUGCCUGAACAGCUUUGGGAAACGACAAUGAAUCCAGAAACAAGGAUACUAAAGCAACUUGUUGUCGAUGAUAUAGCGGAAGCAAACAUGACAUUCUCAUCUCUUAUGGGUGCUCGGGUCGAUGUCCGGAAAGAACUCAUCAAAAAUGCUGCAACUAGGAUCAACCUGCAGCGUCUAGACAUAUAACAGGAAACCACUUGAGAUUGGUCUCUACAUAUUUCUUCAUCUGGUCAGAGACAUUAGAUUAUAUAUUUGUCAAAGGCCAACAAUCUUUUGUUUGUUUCUCUGGCCUAGCAAAAGUGACCACCGUUACAAUUGUGACUGUAAAAAAGGUAUUUCGUAAUGCGUUCACGGGCUUUCUUCGCUGUAACUCUUUUUUUUUGUUUAUCUUUGCUUUAACCUUUGUACUUUUACCUCAAAAAUCAAAACGAAAAUUACGAUCAGAG